CAUAAUGAUUGAGUGUGUUGAGCAGACAUGUAGGCUGCUAGCAAGAAAUGAGGAAGUAUUCUGCGAAAAAAGUACACUUACAGCUACAUGCUAUGGAAUACCCGUGAUGUCGAUAUCGUCUUUAUAUAGGCCGCAUAAGUUGCUAUUAUAAGGUCAUACUAUCCUCACAAAUAAACUACCGGUACCAAUAAAUAAGACAGCGUGCAAUAAAUAUCCCACCAGUGAUUUUACUUCCGAUGUUCAAAAUGGUGUCUUACUUAUUCUUAUUGUUCGGGUUCAGCUUUUCGAGCCUCGGUCAAAGUGUUGCUGAAAGCUCGGAGGGCACUGCACUUUCAUGUGAACCACUGGAGGUACCCGUAAACGGUGCAAUAGACGGGUAUAUCUUCAAUGAGGGAACAACGAUCAAGUUCAUCUGUUUUCCUGGUCACGAGCUCAAUGGAUCAGAGGCCCUAACGUGUGAACGUGCUUCUGAGACUAAUACAACAUCAUGGUCUGAUGAGGAACCCUUAUGCCAACCUUCCAUCAGGGAAACACUGUGGUUUCGAAUUGUGAUUGAUUUAGCAGCGGUCGUGGUAGCAUUGAUGAUCAUCAUUCUAGUUUUCUUGAUUGCCCGUUAUAUCCGGAGGCGGCGUCGGGGAAUAUUCCAUCACUGGAAACCACCAACAGUACGUUCCUCCAUAAGAACGUCACACACGCUUCGCAAUGAAGGACACCAUGUCCGCUUUCAAGUUCAGUCUAGUCCACCAGCGAUAUCACAAGGUGAAAACGGCUCAGGCAUUCCAAGUGGAGAGGAUGCCGAUGUUGAGGAAGUCACUGGGGUUGUAUCUCAAGUAGCUCAUCUGGCUGUUGAAAGCAAUGGUACGUUGCAAGCACCAGGUACGUCAGUUGAUGCCGGGGGUACCAACUCUGUCGAUACUGUGACCGUUGAUCAAGAAGUGCUUCCAUCGAUGACUGUUUGUGCCGUGUCUGAGAUACAGAAGGUACGCAAAGGUUCCUUGGAUGAGUCAGUUCCUGCAGUCUCUACACCGCACCGCCUGGAGGAAUUCAACCCUGCGGUUUCUUCACCAAACCAUGAUUCAAAUAUUACACCAGAUCCGACAUGUCCAAUGGAAAGAUCAGGAUUCUCUUCUAAGAUGGAUAAGGAAGAAGCUGAAUCAUCAGAAACAGAAGAUCGCGUGACAAGCAACGCUGUAAUUGGCCAAACGCCACAAUCUGCGGAAUCAGCAGGAUCAGAUUCUGGUGCAAAUAUUACGGAACCAAUUGUCAUCAAACCUGCAGUUCGACCAAGAAAUAGCAUUAUCUAUAACCCUUUUGCAUCUGGUUCGGCUGCUAAGCAUAAGAAAGAUGAUGCACAAUCCAUCAAAGGUUCACUACUACGAAAGAAAACUACUAAAGAUUUCAUUUCAGCUCCUAUGCAGCAGGCCCAGCCAUCAAAUCCUAAAAAGACAUUUAAAAGGGUAGAAGGCAACAACCAAGAAAGAAAUGACCAUUCAUCAUUCAAGAACAAUGCCAGGUUUUCCCAAUACGAUGUAAGCGCUUCGGUGAAGCCUAAAGCUGCUAAAAGAGGUCUCGUCACUCGCAGCUGCAUCCAGACUGAUCUUAACGGUCAGGCUUUCCUAGGUGGGACAGGUUUCGAACCAAUUUAUGCAACUCCUGAACUAGUUCAACCGGAAGUGAUCUCAAAGCCCUCUGCACCAAGUCCUGACGACUUAGAAAAGGGAUACUGUUCUUUGCGGGUGGGGCUUCAGGAUGAAUAUAGCGACUCCAGACUCGGGCCAUCGGAGAACCUCCAUUAUGGGGAAGAGAACAACGUCGAUGUAGGACGAGAUGAACAAGGAUACUGUUCUUUGCGGGUAGGGCCCCAGGAUGAAUAUUGCGACCUCAGAUUAGGGCCAUCGGAGAAUCUCCAUGAUGGGGAAGAGAACAACGCCGAUGAAGGACGAAAUGCAACUAGGACCAGGAUCACAUCAGAGAAAGAAGUACAAGAGCAGGAUGAUGACUAUGCGGAGCUCCGGGUUGGUGAGAGCGAAUCGCCUUUGGAUCGGUGUAAAGGAACACCAGCAAAUACCGAGUGUUCGGAGAGAUCAUCGAUGGAAGUAGUUACCCAAAACCAAAGGAGUGAUAUUUAUGAGAUGGUAGAAAUUGGUGGUACUUAAAUUCUAAAAUAUACAAUUUGAUUUUAAAUAUACAUGUAAAUAGAGAUUUUGCCUUUUUUUAAAACUAUUGUAGGUCUGUGGUUACUAUAUGUAUAUGACAUUAUUUAACGAUCAUUUAAUGUAAUUGCAGUAAACACAAAACUCAUGUUGCAAAGCAUAUGAAUCCCAGGUUUAUUGCCACAGUAUCGUGGAUCCAGAUUUGGUAGAAUUCCAUAAACUGAACUUAAUGAGACAUCAGCGGAAAAAUUACCACACGGGAGAUUUGGAGCAGUCUAUAUUACUUGAUGCUUGGAAACAGACCCAAAACGAAUGCCAUGCUUAUUUUCCUAAUUUCUCCGCAAUUACACAAAUAAUUUUAUAAUAGAACCAUUUGCCACAUAAAAUUCCAUUAGUACAUAAUAACACUUGGCCGCUCAUUAUUAUUAUUUAUUUUUUGGGGGGGGAGGGGGGAUUUAGUACAAACUCAGUUAUCUUUGUCCAUUAUUGUCACCUUGCAUUAUCAUUGGUAAAUCAAAUGGAUGCGUUCAACAUUUGUUGAACGCUUUUCUUACAUAUAAAAGAAAUCAGCAAGAAGUAAGAAAGUAAUUGUGCCAAUUCAUGACAUUACAGCUUCCAUUAACAUGUUUUUCCAGGGGUGUUUAUGAAGAGUACCAUUUUAAAUGUAUCGUGUAUAUAUGUCACCGACCAUUUUAUAAACUCCUCUCCAGAUUUC